AUGGGUAUCCUCACUAGAUCAAAGAAUGAGUAUGGUACUUCCAGCUCUACGACCACAGGUACCGGUACUGGUGUUGGACAUCACAACAACGCUAAUGAUAAUCCAUAUACGAAUGGAAAUGCUACGCUCGGUAACGGUGGUAUAAAUAGAAAUGAGGGUCCAUUGGGUCAUCGUACAGGUCAAGGUGUAUCUGGAACUGGGUCGGGCAUGACUGGUCGUAAUGGUGUACAUCCUGCGCCUGUCGCAGGUGCCGGACACGUCAAUACUGGUCCUGCACCUCUUCACGGAGUAGCUAGUGGCUCUGCACCUAGUACCAAAGAAGCGAUCAAGUUGGAAAAGAAGGGUAAGAAAGAACAGACAAUCGGAAAAGUUUUACAUUCAACUUCAAUGAAAGAAAAAGGAGCAACGCAUUUAGCUCAAGCUGAUCACAUGCAUAUGCAAGCUUCCGAACUCUCCGAAGCUGAAAGGUUGGAACAUGAAGCUGGAAUGAGGAGACAAAGAGCUGUUGGAUUAGGUGCUGAUCCUACACAUGCUCAUGGUCAUACAGGACAUGGCCCUCAUACUACUCGUAUCUAG